AUGAAGACGGCGACGUUCAAAAUCAAAAAUCGUUUUUCCGUUAAAAUUAGUUUAUUAACGGUUCAAACAGAUUUAGGCAUACGUCAUCUUAAUGUACCAAUUAACAGAAAUAUUUAUAUUCCUUCAUGUUGUGAAGUCAUUCAUAUUCAUUCAAUUAGCUUCUCCAUGCUUACGAGAUAA